AACUCAUUCUUACAGGACUAGAUACCGUGACGAUCAAAACCGAAACAAGACGGCAAAGGUGUCCGAGUAACACCGUUAUUAACCUGUUCGGCCGUCAGGGUGUCCACGUAAAACAAUUGUUGACCAGUUUAAAACUGGGUCAAUAUCUACAUGGGUUGAUAUCAAUUCUACUGCACAAAGAUGUCGGAUCAUUCGAGCAUUCGUUCCAAGGGCCACAUUGGAAUUAAAAACUACAAGAAACUUCAGAGAAAUGUCAAAAAAAUUAAGAGAAACCUCAGCGUUGAGGAUGUACUUGAUGAUUUGAUCAGCGAGGAAGUUCUGUCCAUUGAGGAUGGGGUAUUCAUCAGAGACAAACGAGUCAACCAUGCGAUGGCAGAUUCUCUCAUAGAGAAACUAAUCUUUGUAGGAGAGAAAGGAUUUGAGAUUUUUGAAUGUGUUUUACGCAAUAAUGGAUAUGGCUAUAUGAUCGAUAUAGAUGAAGAAUCGCAAAUGUCACCCGUGGAAUCCUCAAACCCUGGAAACAUUGCUCGGACAUCCUCAUCUACACACUCCCAACAUCACGUGCACUUUUCCGACCAGGUACCUACGCAGAAAUCCAGCAAUCAUUCCCAAUCCUCCAACAAGUCACCAGUGAAACCUAGCGUUACCUCUAUUCUUUCAAAACCAAGUCAUCUUCCCGUACAGAACUCCUAUCCGGAAGAUACCGUAACGAUUUCCGGGAACUUGAGUGACGUGGACAGUCCGGGAAAAGACGACGAUGACAACCAGUAUUGCGAGGAAACCGAGUAUGAUGACUGUACUGUGGGCCCUGAAUCAGAUAACAUCAUUCUGGGUAAGCCCAUACCGUACACCGGGGACCCGAGCUCAUUUAGGAAUUGGUUCCCCGUUGUACACAUGGAUGAACGCCUCAGGGAGUUCCCCGGAUGUCAUCCAGACAUUGACGAAAAAAGGAUCAAGCGUAUCGUCUCGGAACAAAAAGAUAAUGAAGGCGAUUACGUCAUAUGGUACAGUGGAAAACGGAGCCUGUUGAUAAUAACAGUCAUACACAGGUCCUCACCAAAGGGAAGAUACCACUACAAAGUAAAAUGUCGGCAGUCGGACUCGGAAGUUUCCUUUCGCUUCAGUUCUCAGCACGAGGCCAAGUCUGUUGUGGAUCUUUUAGACUAUGUCAGGGCUAAAGGUCUCCCACCUCCUGUUCAGAAAAAAGCCAAUGGUUGAUUAAACUUUAGCUCUAAAAUGGGCGUGGACACGUUAGAUAUGAAAAAAAUCAAAACCAAUGGCCACUUCGUCAUUUGAAAUUCAUGAAAUAAUCUUUCAUCUUGUUUUUUAACUAAGUGAUUUUUGUAAAUUGAUUUUUAGGUCAAGGCAUUUUGGCCAGAUGGAGAUGAUAUGUCAGAAAUCUCUGAAUAUUUACAAGAGUUUAGAUCACUUUAUUAUAGAGUGUUACAACCAGAACUGACAAUCAAUUAGUUGUUUCCGAUUUUUAUUAUACAUCGGGUAGUGAAGUUUAAAAAAAAUUUAAA